AGUAGUGACAUAGUGUUAGUGGAUCCGUUUUAUUAUUAUUAUUCGAUUAUUAUUAUUAUAAUUUAUUCAAAUGCGUGUUGACAUUUGUGUUUUAAAUUUCGUAUCGGUUUGAUUUAGCGUUCCAUGAAAUUCGUCGACAUUUCUAUGGAUUUACAUAACCACAAAAGUUCGGCAGUUCAAAAACUGGCAUUAACCCAAAUUGGAUUGAUUUUUUCGUUGUUUUCCGUAAUUAAUUCUUCUAACUUUAAUACUUUCGCAAAGUCCUCCGCAAACAUGUCUAUUAAUCCCGUGGUAAUAUCUUCUUCCGUUAAACAGACGGCCACUGUCAUAUUUCUUCAUGGUCUUGGAGAUUCAGGAAAUGGCUGGGCUGAAGCAAUGACACAAAUAAGACAACCCUAUGUGAAAGUUAUAUGUCCAUCUGCGAGUCCGAUGCCAGUAUCUCUGAACCAAGGUUUCCGUAUGCCUUCAUGGUUUGAUUUGUUUACUUUAGAUGAAUCAGGUCCAGAAGAUGAAAGUGGAAUUAAAGAAGCUGCUAAAUUAGUGCAUUCUCUUAUCGAUCGUGAGAUUGAAACUUCCAAUGUGCCAUCAUCUCGUAUUGCCAUUGGUGGGUUUUCACAAGGUGGAGCUCUUGCUUUGUACUCAGCUUUUACGUAUAACAAACCAUUAGCUGGAGUUAUGGCUCUAUCAUGUUGGAUACCAUUACAUAAAAGUUUUCCAGCAGCUGCUAUAAGUAACAAAGAUAUGCCGAUAAUUCAGUGUCACGGAGAUUGUGAUCCAAUUGUACCACUAAAAUGGGGUCAACUUACAGCAUCCAUUCUUAAGUCUUUUGCUAAAAAUACCGAACUCAAAACAUACCGAGGCUUAAUGCACAGUUCAUCUGAUAUGGAAUUAAGGGAUCUUAAGAAAUUCCUGGAAACGGUCCUCCCUCCAGUGUGAUUCACCUAUCAUUUUAACAUAAAUUUAAUAAUUUAUAUUGUUGACACCUAGAAUAUGGUUUUAAUGUAUAUUUAGGUAUAUACUUUUUUGUAGUGUAUCUAAUUGAAUUUCUUAAGACAAAUUGUUAUUUUUAUUGCUAUUUUUAGUGUAUAUAACAUUAUUGUUUUUACUUCUUAUUGGCAUCUUUAUAGUUAAUAUACAUCAGGUUUAAAA